GCUGGGCGGAGCUUCAUGCAAAAGCCCCAGAGCCCCGCGGGGCCGCAGCAGUAGCGAGGCGAGCUGGAGCUGGCUGAGCCGCGUCUGCUGCAACAUCUCUGCUACGUGCCUGUGGGCUCUGGGCCGGCCAGGUCCUUGCUCCCGGGCCUCCCCGCCACACCUUCCUCGCGGAGGCGCGCCUAGUCGAGGCCAGGGUCCUCCGAAGUCCCGGGGGGCUUGUGCCCAACGCACCGAGGAACCUUUGAGUGAGCACCAUGGGGCCGCGGCCCGGGGCUGGGGGCUCUUGCCGAGGUAGCUGCGGCUUCUCGCGACUGUCGGUGUGGUGUUUCCUUCUGGCGCUGAGUCCACAUCCCCUGUGUUCCCGGAGUGCCGAGGCUGUGUGGACCGCGUACCUAAACGUGUCCUGGCGGGUCCCGAACACUGGAGUGAACCGCACCGUGUGGGAACUGAGCGAGGAGGGUGUGUACGGGCAAGAUUCUCCACUGGAGCCGGUGGCUGGGGUCCUGGUCCCUCCGGAUGGGCCCGGUGCCCUGAAUGCCUGUAGCCCGCACACGAAUUUCACUGUGCCCAUGGUCCCGGGGAGCUGGAGCAGCACCAGUCAAGUCUCUUGGUUGGCCCUCAUCCAGCGCGGUGGGGGCUGCACCUUCGCUGAUAAGAUCCAUCUGGCUUAUGAAAGAGGGGCCUCGGGAGCCGUCAUCUUUAACUUCGCAGGGACCCGCAAUGAGGUCAUCCCCAUGUCUCACCCGGGUGCAAAAGAUAUUGUCGCAAUCAUGAUUGGAAACCUGAGAGGCACAAAAAUUCUUCAAUCUAUUCAAAGAGGCAUACAAGUCACAAUGGUCAUUGAAGUAGGAAAAAAGCAUGGCCCUUGGGUGAAUCACUAUUCUAUUUUCUUUGUUUCGGUGUCCUUUUUUAUCAUCACUGCAGCAACAGUUGGCUAUUUUAUUUUUUAUUCUGCACGAAGAUUACGGAAUGCAAGAGCUCAAAGCAGGAAACAGAGACAACUAAAGGCAGAUGCUAAAAAAGCUAUUGGAAGACUUAAACUGCGUACACUGAAACAAGGAGAUAAGGAAAUUGGCCCUGAUGGAGAUAGUUGUGCUGUGUGUAUUGAACUGUAUAAACCAAAUGAUUUGGUACGCAUAUUGACCUGCAACCAUAUUUUCCACAAGGCAUGUGUUGAUCCAUGGCUGUUAGAACAUAGGACUUGCCCCAUGUGCAAAUGUGACAUACUCAAAGCUUUGGGAAUUGAGGUGGAUGUUGAAGAUGGAUCCAUGUCUUUACAAGUCCCUGUGUCUAACGAGAUACCCAAUAGUGCCUCUCUUCAUGAAGAAGAUAAUCGUAGUGAGACAGCAUCAUCUGGAUAUGCCUCAGUCCAGGGAGCAGAUGAACCCCCUUUGGAGGAACAUGUACCAUCAGCAAAUGAGAAUUUACAGCUGGUAAACCAUGAAGCAAAUUCCCUGGCCGUGGAUGUUGUUCCUCAUGUUGAUAACCCAACCUUUGAAGAAGACGAAACUCCUGAUCAAGAAACUGCUGUCCGUGAAAUCAAAACAUAAAUCUGUGUCAAUAGAAAACUUGAAAAUUUAGUAAUAACAGAAAUGCCAAUCAGGGCUUAGUUUACUAUUAAACUGGAUAAAUGUAAUAAAAUAAGAAUCAAACUGAAAGUGCUGGGAUGACUAAUAUUAUUGCUAUAGAUAAUGGCUUAAAUAUAUAUAUAUAUUCAUAUAUAUAUAUAUAAAGCCUACUACAACUUUUCUCCACAAAUUCAUUGUAAUGGUUUUCAUAAGCAAGUUUCCUCUCAUUAGCGAUAACAUUUUUAACAUUAAGAAUUGAAAAUUGUCUCUGAGUAGUCAUGUUUUUCAUGAUAAUAACUUUUUUAUAAAGAUUUGUUGCUUUUAAAAUGUGGAGUGGCUGCAAUCAGAUUAUUUUAUUAGAAUAUCUUAAUUAAAAAUACUACUGCUUUAGCUUGGGCUCUAUAUGUGUCAGGGGUUUCUCCAGGUGCUUAUACUGAUCUGGAAUUUUAAUGUACAAACAAUGCAGACUUAGACUAGUACUUCAUGAAGUGUUUGUUUAAGCUACAUUAAGUUCUUAGACUAAGAUUGAAGCAAAAUACUCAUUUUAACUCUUGUUUUUUUCAAAUGAGGCUACAUGCAUUUCGUGUGGGUUUUAAGCAUAAGGUUAUCAGAGAAUAUGCAGUGGACUUAAUUGGUUGGUAUAUCAUUUGAUACACCAAUUUGAUACAAGGCUAUAGGUAAAAAAAAAAUUCGUUACAAAAAUGCUAUGUAACUAUUUCUCAAACUUGUAUAAUUUUCAAAAGCAGAAUAUAUAAAUUGCCAUACUAUUUGAAAUUAUAGUGAUCAAGUUACACAAAAACUGGCAGUGGAUCUUUGUGUAUGAAUUAGUCUACAGAAAUUAGUCUAUAGGAAAAAAAAAUUUCCAAUGAUGACGUUGAAAACUGAGUUUACAUUUUUCCUGAAUGGGCUAAAAUUUUAUUAGGUAAACUAAAAUGCUGCUCAGAUAACGAUAACUUUCAUGAAUGCAUUUUUUUGGCUUUCAAAAAUGAAUGGGGUGGGGGAGAUGAUUUCCAGGUGCCUUAAUAUAAAGUUUGAAGCUUCAUCCACCAAAGUUAAAUAGAGCUAUUUAAAAUGCACUUUAUAUGUAUUCUGUGUGGCUUAUCUUUGAUUUCGGUGUUUUGUUCCCAGUGCAAAUUUCAAUAAGUUUAGGCAAAAAGCAGAAUAGACAUGUAUUUUUGUUUGCAGAAUGAAGAAUGGAUGAAACCAUUACAUUCUUGUAAACUGAUUCAAAAUGCUGUAAAUAUGUUUCAAUUUGUAUUGAUUCUCUUUAAAUAUAAAAUGUAAAUAAAAUAUUCCAAUAAAAGUUUA